AAUCAAUUAAUUAAUACGAAGAGUUUUCGCAUUUGUAAGUUUGAUUUGAUAAAAGGAAAAAGAAAUUAAAUACUCGAAAAGAGAAGAAACUGUUGUUUCAAUUGAUCAAAAUUCAAAAAUUCAACACAAAAGCGGGAAAAGGAGUGACGCCCUUUAAUUUUUCUCUAUAUAUAAUCUUUCCAAAUGUUGAGUUUUAGCCUUUAGGAGAUACAUUUUCAAUGGCGGACAAAGAGGAGAGCAACAUUAGAAAUGCUGUAAGCUUAAACGACAGCCAUUACCGUUUCCUUCACGAUCUUUCUGCACCUCCCAAACCCAAACCAACCAAAGAAGAGUCUGAUGAGGAGGAAUUUCAAGUUCGGCGUCGUCUUUGCAAACAAUCCCAUACAGAUGAUUCUAUUCCUCGCUUCUCUGAAAUCACCGAUUUUGAUUCUCCUCUUGAAGAGGAAGCAAAGCCUGUAAAGGUGAAGAUUGAGGGUAGGCGUCGUUUGUGCAAAGUCUCAUCUCGAGAUGGUGGGGGUGCUGAUAAAACCUCGAUUCCCAAUGAACCUAAUUUUUCUGGAAUUUGUGAUUUUGAUUCACCUUUGCAAACAAAGAAUGUUUGUGAGGGUGGAAGUCAAAUUAGAGAUAUUUUAAAUGACUUGAGCUCUAAGCUUGAGCUUAUGUCUAUAGAGAAAAAGACAGCCCCUAAAAGGAAUAUUCCAGAAUAUGGUAGUGCCAAGUCUUCAUUUUCCAGCAUGUCUGAUCCAUCUGAUACCUCAUCAGGUUCGAGUAAGAAUGUUGGAGGUGGUGUUCAGGAUGUAGUUGAUUUGCGUGAAGAUGAUGUUUAUGAAGAAGAGUCAAAAAAGCUUAAUGUCAAAUUGGUGUCUGCAAGGCAGGUUUUUGAUUCAAAUGUUGAAGAAAAAGAAGAAAAGAGUGAAUCACAGAGUGACUUUGGGAAUGACACUUUUGUUACUAGGGUACAUGAAUCUAAGAAAAACUUCCAAAGGCUAAAGAAGAAUGAACCUAAGAAUGCAUAUGAGCGAUUGAUGUCUGUGGGUAGGUCAUUUGCAUCAAAACAUGGAGAAAAAGAGGAUGACAAUGAUUGUGUAGUAUUGAGUUCAAAGCAAGGAUUUAAAAAAGCUGUUAAAUGUGGUGGUAACUUGAAGAAGUCUGAUCAGUCCGAGGAAGCUGAUGAGCUUGAUGAUUCAUACUCAUCAGAAGUUGACCAGCCUUUUAUUUUGAGUGGCCCAAAUUCAACCUUUAAGCUUCCAACUAAAGUUGCAAAAAUGUUGUAUCUGCAUCAGCGCGAGGGCUUGAAAUGGCUUUGGUCUUUGCAUUGCCAGGGUAAGGGUGGAAUCUUAGGGGAUGAUAUGGGCCUGGGAAAAACAAUGCAGAUUUGUGGCUUUCUAGCAGGAUUGUUUCAUUCAAAGUUGAUUAAAAGAGCUUUAAUAGUUGCCCCGAAAACAUUGCUCUCUCAUUGGAUCAAAGAACUCUCGGUUGUAGGGCUUUCUGGGAAGACUAGAGAGUACUUUGCGACUUCUGCUAAAACUCGGCAAUAUGAGCUCGAAGAUGUGCUUCAGAACCAAGGGAUUCUUCUUACAACCUACGAUAUUGUAAGAAACAAUUCUAAAGCUUUGAAAGGAGAAAGCUGCUACCGUGAUGAUGACGAGGAUGAGGAUGAUAUCAUAUGGGACUAUAUGAUUCUUGAUGAGGGCCAUCUCAUAAAAAAUCCUAGCACACAAAGGGCAAAAAGUUUGCUUGAUAUACCAAGUGCUCAUCGUAUAGUCAUAAGUGGCACACCAAUUCAGAAUAAUCUAAAGGAACUGUGGGCCUUGUUCAACUUCUGUUGUCCUGAGCUACUCGGUGAUAAUAAAUGGUUCAAGGAAAGAUACGAGCAUGCUAUUUUACGUGGAAAUGAAAAAAAUGCUUCUGAGAGGGAAAAGCGUAUUGGCUCAACGGUUGCCAAGGAGUUAAGAGAACGUAUUCAACCUUACUUUUUGCGCCGGUUAAAGAAAGAGGUAUUUGGUGAAGAUGAUACGUCAACUGCCAAGCUUUCUAAGAAAAAUGAGAUCAUUGUGUGGUUAAAGUUGACUGCUUGCCAGCGACGGUUGUACGAAGCUUUUUUGAAUAGUGAGAUAGUUCUUUCAGCUUUUGAUGGCUCGCCUCUAGCUGCAUUGACGAUUCUUAAAAAAAUAUGUGAUCAUCCACUUCUCUUGACAAAGAGAGCUGCUGAGGAUGUACUAGAAGGGAUGGAUUCAAUGCUAAAUCCAGAAGAUGCUAGUGUCGCUGAAAAAUUGGCAAUGCAUGUUGCUGAUGUUGCUGAAACGAAUGACUUUCAAGAUAAUCACGACAAUCUCUCAUGCAAAAUAUCCUUUUUACUUUCACUUUUGGACACUUUAAUUCCAGAGGGCCACCAUGUUCUUAUAUUUUCUCAAACUCGAAAAAUGCUCAAUCAUAUUCAGGAGUCUCUAGUGUUAAACGACUACAAAUUUUUACGUAUUGAUGGUACCACGAAAGCAAGUGAUAGAGUGAAGAUUGUUAAUGAUUUUCAAGAAGGUAAUGGGGCUCCUAUAUUUCUUCUGACAUCCCAAGUUGGUGGUCUAGGCCUUACACUUACAAAAGCAGAUCGUGUCAUUGUGGUCGAUCCUGCUUGGAACCCAAGCACGGAUAACCAAAGUGUUGAUCGGGCAUAUCGAAUUGGGCAAACGAAGGAUGUCCUUGUGUACAGGUUGAUGACCUGUGGAACUGUUGAAGAAAAGAUAUACAGAAAGCAGAUAUACAAGGGGGGAUUAUUUAAGACGGCAACUGAGCACAAAGAACAAAUUCGCUACUUCAGCCAGCAGGAUCUUCGAGAACUUUUUAGUCUUCCAAAACAGGGGUUUGACAUUUCACUCACCCAAAAGCAAUUACAUGAAGAGCAUGAUAGUCAACGUAAAAUGGAUGAGUUAUUGGAAACCCACAUAAAAUUCCUGGAAACACUGGGAAUAGCAGGAGUUAGUCAUCACAGUCUACUUUUCUCUAAAACAGCACCUGUACAAGUUGUAGAGGAAGAAGACGAAGACAUAUGGAAAAAAGAAAAUAUGGUUGUGCGACAUUCAUCUUCAAGUUCUUCUGUUGAACAGAAACCUGAUGGGGCUGUAUAUGCUUUCAAGCCAAAGGAUAUCAUGAUGAGCAGGAAAAGCUUGUCGCCUAUUGAAGUAGCUAAAUUAACUGAGAGUGAAAUUAAACAAAGAAUUAACCGGCUGUCCCAAAUAUAUGCUAAUAAGAUUACAAUUUUGAGGUUGCCUGAUAAGGGAGCCAAGAUAGAAAAGCAGAUUGCUGAACUGAAUGCAGAGCUCCAAAAGAUGAAGACAGCAGAGGUAACUGAAAAAGAAACUGAAGUAGGUGUAGAUGAUAUAACUGGACAACUCCAGAAAGUGUUAAAUGUAUAGAUAAGGUCUUUGGUUGUAUCUGUAUUUAGCACGCCUGUAUCUAGGCUUGUUCCACCUGACACAAUAGAAAACUACCUAGCAUUUGGACUCGAAUUUUCAAACAAGUUUUCGAUGGUCCCACUAGAUUUUGUGGUGGAAAUGCAUAAUUUUGUGGGUGGUAACUGUUCUAAACACAGCUCUUUUGUACACAAGAAAUCUAGGCUUUCAAAGUUACCUGUUGAUGUCUUCUUUUACUCUCUCAAUGAGAGAUUGAAAUUGAGGAUUUGAGUUUUUGAGUACUAAGGAAUGUGUUUUACCA